CAGCAAGGAGCUAAUUAUAUGAACUGAAAUGAACACACCAGUGUGUAGUUGUAAGAACAAAAGUAAAUCAAGCUCACCAUUCAUAGCAGCAGGAAUAGCCAAGGUGCAUUCUGGAUUAACAGACUAUUUACAUCCCAAGAAAUGCCAGAAAUGCCAGUGACUCUACAGCAUACCCCUCCAGACGGAGAAUGGGGUUGGGUUGUAGUUUUGGGUGCUUUCAUUUCCAUUGGAUUCUCCUAUGCAUUUCCCAAAGCCAUUACAGUGUUUUUCAAAGAAAUUCAGGAAAUAUUUAAUACCUCAUAUAGUGAAAUUGCAUGGAUAUCUUCUAUUAUGCUUGCUGUUAUGUAUGCAGGAGGCCCUAUAAGCAGUAUCCUUGUAAACCGAUAUGGAAGCCGUCCGGUAGUAUUGGCUGGUGGUUUAUUAUGCUCCUCAGGAAUGAUAGCUGCCUCUUUCUGCAACAGUGUCCUUCAGCUAUACAUCUGUGUUGGUGUUAUUGGGGGUUUUGGAUUAGCAUUUAAUCUACAGCCAUCUUUAACCAUCAUUGGGAAAUAUUUCUUCAAAAAGCGUCCAAUAGCUAAUGGGCUGGCCAUGGCUGGAAGUCCAGUAUUUUUAAGCACAUUGGCUCCACUUAACCAGUUUCUCUUCAAUCAGUUCGGAUGGAGAGGGAGCUUCCUGAUAUUAGGGGGGCUUCUGUUAAACUGCUGCGUGGCUGGAUCUCUCAUGAGACCUAUUGGUAACCAGCCACCAAAGAAAGAUGUUGAAAAGGCAAAUAUAAGCAAUGAGAAGAAGCUGACUGCAUGGCAAAAUAUUAAUAAAUAUUUAGAUUUAUCACUUUUUAAACACAGAGGAUUCUUAAUUUACUUGUCUGGAAAUGUCAUCAUGUUCCUUGGAUUUUUUGCACCUAUUGUUUUCCUAGCUCCCUAUGCUAAGCAUAUGGGUAUUGAUGAAUAUUCAGCUGCGUUUUUGCUAUCUAUCCUAGCAUUUGUAGAUAUGGUUGCAAGACCUACCAUGGGAAUGGUUGCAAACUCAAAAUACGUCCGUCCAAGGAUACAAUAUUUUUUCUGUUUUGCUAUCCUGUAUAAUGGAAUAUGCCAUGUUUUAUGCCCAUUUGCUAAUGAUUACACCGGUCUGGUGGUAUAUGCAGUAUUUUUUGGAUUUGCCUUUGGAAUGGUAAGCAGUGUGUUAUUUGAAACCCUGAUGGAUCUUGUUGGAGCAGCUAGAUUCUCAAGCGCUGUAGGACUUGUUACAAUUGUGGAAUGUUGCCCAGUACUACUUGGUCCACCAAUGGGAGGUUGGUUGGUGGAUAUAACUGGAAGUUAUAAAUACAUGUACUUUGUAUGUGGUUUGAUAGUUAUUGUAUCAAGUAUUUAUUUAUUUAUUGGCAAUGCCAUCAAUUACAGAAUGUUAGCGAAAGAAAAUAUGUCUAGGGAUGGAAAAGACACAAUGGAGAAAAGUCUAGAAACUAAAGAACCCCUGAAUAACCCAGGAAAUGUUGAUGUCACCCCAAAGCCCUCUGAUGUCUACACAUCAGAUAAAGAAACAAGUAUUUAAGUUAAAAUGUAUUUAUUUUAUGUAGAAGUAUGUUUGUAGCAUUUGAAACUUGAACAACUAUUAGGCUGAGUAUGUUAAAUCUAUGGUUAAAUUGUAAUCAGGGUUUCACACCACAUCACCAGAAUGCUGACGAGUUCAUCAAAGGGAAUGCUUUUAUAGGUACAUAUACCUUAGUUAAAAUGUAUCCAGAUUUUUUGUAUAGGUGAAACAUAUAUCAAAUGUCUCCUAUUUAUAAAACUCUACAAAUAAUGCCUACAUUUGUGUUAUAAACAAAAUUAAUCCAUGUAUAUUGGAUCAAACAUGUUCUAGACAUAUUAAUAAGUGCGAAACAAUGUUAAGCAUUGUUCUACCAAAAAGUGCACUCUACAGUAUGCUAAGAAAAUAAACUUUAGUAGGUC